GUUAGUUGCAAGUUGGUUUGCCAACCUCCCGAACAAUUCCCCAUCGAUAUGUGUUGGUGGUGGCCAAGAUGAGCAUAUAUAGAGAAGAUGAUGGUCAAGAUUGGAACAGGAUACAUUCCCUCGUCGACCUUCAUCCCAAACACCUGCAUCGAGCGACACGGCCCGAGUCGAGAUACAUUCCCGCUGGACCCUCGAUUAAAUACAUACCAAGUCUUCGACCACCAUGCCUCCGCUGUUCCAAACUCAACUGGAUGCCUUAACCUCAGGCUCGACCACCAUCUCGCAAGCUGCCGAUGCCAUCUUCUCUCAACUCCGCGAUGACGAAAAGCUCUGGAUGCUCGACGGGGACGAUGGGGCCAAAGACUUUGCUAUCAAGAUGGCCACCAUCGGAUACUGCCAUACCACUCAGGAUGCCGGAGUAGUCGAGAGACUGGGGAUCCCUGGGAUCAAGUUUUCCGAUGGACCCAGGGGGAUCCUGUUGGGAGGAAAGGGGACGGCGUUUCCUGUCUCCUCUUCUCGUGCGGCGACCUUUAACCCCGGUUUGGAAGAAGAAGUGGGACUCGCCAUCGGCAAAGAGCUCCGGGCCCUGGGCGGCAACUACUUUGGCGGGGUCUGUGUCAACUUGGCUCCCAACCCCAAAUGGGGCCGCUUGCAAGAAUCUUACGGGGAGGAUCCUCUCCUCGUAGGUUCAUUCGGUGCGGCGCUCUCCAAGGGUGUUUCGAAGAACGCCAUGGCUUGCGUCAAGCACUUUGCGUUGAACUCUAUGGAGAACAUGAGGUUCAGCGCGGAUGUCGAAUGCGCGGAAGACGUCUUGCAUGAAUGUUACCUCCCGCAUUUCAGGCAGACGUUGGAAGAAGGGGGUUGUGAGAGUAUCAUGAGCGCCUACAACUCGUGCAACGGCGAAUGGUGUGGGGACAACAAGAACCUCUUGAACGGGGUUGUCAGGGAUACCUGGGGUUACGAAGACGUCAUCAUCACCUCGGACUGGCUUUGGGGGACUAGAGACGCUUCGAAGUCCGUCGCAGCGGGAUUGGACGUGGAGAUGCCGAUUCAGAGCGUCAGGGCCUUCCACUUGGCUAAAGCGCUGAGGGACGGAAAGGCCGAGUGGGAACACGUCGAUAGAAUUGUCAAGCGGUUGUUGAGGGCCCAAUUGAAACUGCACAUGAGGAUCGGAGGAACGGAGAAGCCGGCAGAGGCUGUGGCGGGGUGCGAGGAGCACAGAGAGUUGGCCAAGCGGGUCGCUGCGGAGGGCAUGGUCCUCCUGAAGAACGCGGCUUCGCAAGGCGGUGAUCAAAUCUUGCCCCUCAGAAGCGAGAAGGUCAAACGGAUCCUCGUCGUCGGGGAACUCGCCGUCUCUGAUCAGACCGGAGAUAGGGGAUCAUCCAACUUACUCGAUCCUACCGUCGUCACCCCAUUGGAUGGUCUCAAGAAGCAAGACGGCGUCGAGGUGAUUUACCUUGACGGCUCGGACCUAGCCCAGGUGGAAAAGGCUUGUAGGGACAAGGACGUCGAUGCGGUCUUUGUUCUCGUUGGAUAUACCGGGAUCGAAGAGGGCGAGUAUGUCAGCACAUUCGAGCCCGCGUUGCUCAGUACAGUGUUUCCCUUCGUCUUUCCCCAUUAUCUUGUGGCCAAGGCGUUCACUUACGUCUUGGACAAGGCUUUGGCUGUCUACGGCGCAUUCAAAGGCGGUCUACCGGGUGGAGAUCGACAGAGUCUCCGUCUCAAACGGUCGGACGAGGCCUUGAUCAACGUCGUUGCCGAGCAUGCCGGAUCCAAGAUGAUUCUUGGGAUUGAGAGCGCUGGGCCUGUCGUUCUGCCCAAGACUGUGCGACAACAAGCGGCAGCGAUUUUGCAUACCGGUUAUGCCGGCUGCCAGUUCGGGAACGCCCUGAGGGAAGUUCUGUUCGGCCAGGCCGAGCCCGCAGGAAGGCUAGCCUAUGGUUUCGUGGAAUCGGAACUCGAUAUCGUGGACAUUAAUAUGAACGCCACCAAGGUCAAGUACGAUAGGUUCUGGGGUUACCGGCUGGGACAGCAGAGGCAAGUCCGACCGGCUUACCCGUUCGGGUUCGGACUUGGAUACGGAAACGUCCAGCUUGACAACGCUUCGAAACUUCCUUCUCUCAAGGAGAGGUUUUUCGAAGUCCAAGUAACUGUCAAGAACCAAGGUAAACACAAGAGCUCCGACGUCAUCCAGGUCUACGGAGGGAAGACCUCCCCGUCUUCAGGAGAUCACCAACGCGUCCUCCUCGGGUUCGCCAGGACCACCUACCUCGAACAGGGAGAGAGCGAGAGCGUGACCGUUCAGUGUCGGUUGGAUCCCCUCGCCCGGUGGAUCUCCUCCGAGAAGUCGUUCAAGGUGGACGGAGGUUCUUAUGACAUCUCGAUAUCCAAGUACGAGGGGGACGAGAAGAGUCACACUCAGACUGUUGAAAUCGAGCAGGUUGACUGGUCUGUCAAGACCCAAAUUGCCCAGGCGCAAUGAUUGGGCAAUCGCGGCUUCUCUUGAGUUCGGAUGUGGCAAAGCCAGUUCUCGGUUGUAUCAGGACGGUAAUUGCUUGUAACAAUAUUGUAAUUACGAUUUAUGAGUAUGUGCACGAUCAGAUUUCUAAAA